AUGUCAGGCUCUGGGCGGAAAGACUUCGAUGUGAAGCACAUCCUGCGACUCCGCUGGAAACUCUUCAGCCACCCGUCGCCGGCCCCCGGCGGCCCGGCGGGGGGCGGCUGCCUGCAACAGGACGGCAGCGGCAGCUUCGAGCACUGGGGACCCAGCCAGAGCCGCCUGCUCAAAAGCCAAGAGAAGGGCAGCGUAAGCACUUUCUGGAAGAAGCCUUCCUCUUCCUCCUCUUCUUCGUCGUCCUCCCCGUCCUCUUCCUCCUCUUCCUUUAACCCACUGAAUGGCACCUUGCUGCCAGUGGCCACAAGGCUGCAGCAAGGGGCGCCCGGGCAGGGCACCCAACAGCCAGCCAGGACUCUCUUCUACGUGGAGUCUCUAGAGGAGGAGGAGGUGCCAGGCAUGGACUUUCCUGGACCACACGAUAAAGGGCUGGUCCUGCAAGAGCUCAAAGUGGAGCCGGCCAGCUCAAGCCAGGCAACAGGUGAAGGAUGUGGACACAGGCUGACAGCAACUAGCCAUUCAUUGACCCCUCAAAGUGAUAUGGACUCCAGUAGCUCUGAAGAAUUCUAUCAGGCUGUUCACCAUGCUGAGCAAACCUUCAGAAAAAUGGAAAGUUACUUGAAACAACAACAACUCUGUGAUGUUAUCCUGAUUGUCGGGAACCGAAAAAUACCUGCACACAGGCUUGUUCUGAGCUCAGUCUCCGACUAUUUUGCUGCCAUGUUUACAAGUGAUGUUUGUGAGGCCAAGCAAGAGGAGAUCAAGAUGGAAGGCAUAGACCCCAAUGCCCUCUGGGACCUUGUGCAGUUUGCAUAUACAGGUUGCUUGGAAUUAAAGGAAGACACCAUUGAAAACCUUCUUGCUGCUGCGUGUCUUCUUCAGCUUCCUCAAGUAGUGGAAGUGUGCUGCCAUUUCCUCAUGAAGCUGUUGCACCCAUCCAACUGUUUGGGGAUCCGAGCCUUUGCAGAUGCUCAAGGGUGCAUUGAGUUAAUGAAAGUGGCCCACAGCUACACAAUGGAAAACAUAAUGGAAGUUAUGAGAAAUCAAGAGUUUUUACUGCUUCCAGCUGAGGAGCUCCAUAAACUCCUGGCCAGCGAUGAUGUAAAUGUUCCUGAUGAAGAAACUAUCUUCCAUGCAUUAAUGAUGUGGGUCAAGUAUGAUAUGCAGAGGCGAUGCAAUGACUUGAGUAUGCUUCUUGCCUUUAUAAGACUGCCACUGCUUCCACCACAGAUACUGGCUGACCUAGAAAACCAUGCAUUAUUUAAGAAUGAUCUGGAAUGUCAGAAGCUGAUUCUGGAAGCAAUGAAGUAUCAUCUAUUGCCAGAAAGAAGAACUUUAAUGCAAAGUCCAAGAACUAAACCUAGAAAAUCUACUGUUGGAACUCUGUAUGCAGUAGGAGGAAUGGAUAACAACAAAGGAGCUACAACCAUAGAGAAAUAUGACCUCAGAACAAAUUUGUGGAUCCAGGCAGGGAUGAUGAGCGGCAGGAGAUUGCAGUUUGGUGUGGCUGUUAUUGAUGACAAACUCUUUGUAAUUGGAGGUCGAGAUGGCUUAAAGACAUUGAACACUGUUGAAUGUUACAAUCCCAAAACCAAGACCUGGACUGUCUUACCACCAAUGUCAACACAUAGACAUGGUCUAGGUGUAACAGUACUUGAAGGUCCUAUUUAUGCUGUGGGAGGCCAUGAUGGCUGGAGUUAUCUGAAUACAGUGGAGAGAUGGGACCCCCAGAGUCAGCAAUGGACAUUUGUAGCCAGUAUGUCCAUUGCCCGAAGCACAGUUGGUGUGGCAGCAUUGAAUGGCAAGUUAUAUUCAGUUGGAGGUCGUGAUGGAAGUUCCUGUUUGAGUUCAAUGGAAUAUUAUGACCCUCAUACAAAUAAGUGGAACAUGUGCGCUCCAAUGUGUAAGCGGAGAGGGGGUGUUGGAGUGGCCACCUGCGAUGGGUUUCUCUAUGCGGUAGGAGGUCAUGAUGCUCCUGCUUCAAAUCAUUGUUCCCGGUUACUAGAUUAUGUAGAAAGAUAUGAUCCCAAAACAGACACAUGGACCAUGGUGGCUCCUUUGAGUAUGCCCAGAGAUGCUGUUGGAGUCUGUCUCCUUGGUGACAGAUUAUAUGCUGUUGGUGGCUAUGAUGGGCAGACAUACCUCAACACCAUGGAAUCCUAUGAUCCACAAACAAAUGAGUGGACACAGAUGGCUUCUUUGAAUAUUGGGAGAGCAGGUGCCUGUGUGGUAGUCAUCAAGCAACCUUGACUUAUUUUUAUUUGGAGAGAUUUUAUUUGCUGGAGUGGUUAUUUUUAUAUCAGAAGGCAAGAAUGAGAACUUCCUGAGGUGAAAAUUCUUCAAGAACAAGGAUUUCUGUAGAUUUACCUACUGAUGUCAAAAGAGGUAGAAGAUCAAAGAGAAUUAUAGGAAUCGAAAUAAACAUCAAACUGCUAUGGGAAAAAUGUCUGGCCGUAUAUUAGUUAGUUCAGGAAUGGUUAUUGGUAAUUUGUUUUGUAUUAUAGCAUACAAUAACUAAAGUUACCAAAGGCUUGUUUUUCUUGAGCAAUUAAGAGGAGAGAUCCAUUUGUGACAUGGAUAAUUUCAUGACUACAACUCCUUCAAUUGUUUUAUAGUUUGUGGCAAUGUCAAAGAGGUCGAAGACAUGAUAUUUCAUCUGACAGAAUCUGAUUGGUUUACUAUUUCCUAAUCAGAUGUGGUCAUUCUAGGAGGCAGAAUGAUGUUUUAUUAAAACAAACACGCUUCUUCCUCAUUUUCUCAACUAUGAGGACAAUUAGAGAAAUAGAUUCAUGCCUGUCUCUUGCAUUCAGAAAACAAACUGCUCUGCUAAUCAAAGCUGCACAUUUCAUCAGAGAGGAUGGUUGAAUUUUAUUGCAACCAUAUUAGCAAUCUGAAGCUGGCGAACACAAAGGAUUGUUUUC